AUGUCUAGCCAUGCCCACGCCGGCCACCGCCGUCGUCUUUUCCUCCUGAGGAGAAAGAGCACCAGCACUAGGCUUCUUUACCUCCUCGUCCUUCUCGUCGCCGUCGUCCUGAUCGCCGACGUGUGCACGGCGUCGCGGCAGUUCUCGACGGUCGCAAUCUCCCACGCGCCCAACGCUACGCUCGUCUGCGCGCUCGUCACCAGCAGCGCCGCCGGCGAUGACGCGGGAGGAGCGGGGUCGUCACCAGGCUCCAAGCUGCACUGCACCUCGCACCCCGAUGGCCAGCAGUUCGUGUACCCGUCCGCGGACAUCCCCUACAACGCCAUCGCGGCCGGGACCGACUUCCUGUGCGGCCUCAUGGCGCCGCUGGGCGGCCACGCCGCCAUGCGCUGGUGGUCCUUCUCCGAGGAGUUCGCCGCCAACCGCUCCCGCCCCGUCGGCCGCCGCCUCUACUGGGGCCCCUCGCUGCGCUCGCUCAACGCCGGGGGAUCCCACGUCUGCGGCCUCUCCGACGACCACGACCCCACAUGCUGGGAGUGGCCGCACCUCGACCUCCCGAAAGGCCUCGACUUCUCCCGCAUCGCGCUGGGCCACGACUUCCUCUGCGGCAUCGACAAGCGCGACAAUACCAGCAUGAGCUGCUUCGGCGGCAUGACGGCGCCGUCGCUCACCCCCACGCCCGCGGCCUUCAAUACCCUCGCCGCCGGCCACCGCCACGCGUGCGCCGUCGACGCCGAGGGCGGCUUCGGCUGCUGGGGCGACGGCGACGUCCCGGACGUGCCGGCGCACGAGCUGCCGGGCGACAUGCUCUCCAUGGCGCUCGGCAACGACACCACCUGCAUCCUCUCCGGCAGCGGCCGGGUCCAGUGCUGGGGCACCGUCCAGGUGCCGGACCAGUACAGGAACACGGAUUUCCUGGCCAUCGAGGCCGACGGCAACGCGGUGUGCGGCAUCCUCAAGAGCAACUACUCCGUCGCGUGCUGGGGGAGGAGCGACCGGUUCGGCACCGGCGGCAGCCUGGUCUACAACAGCACCAUGCCCGGCGCCUGCGCGCGCAAGAAGAGCUGCCCCUGCGACAUCAUCUCCGGCUCCGGCGCGCUCUGCGGCUCCGGCGGUGCCGAGGACGGCGAGGAGCUCGCCGUCUGCCAGGCCUGCCCGUUGCGGCUGAACGCUUCCAGGAUCCUCAUUGCCAACGGGAGGGAUGUAUCGGCAGCCGGAGACGACAGCGGGAAGAAGAAGGCCAAGACCCUGAUCUUCGCGCUCAGCGUGGGCGGCGUCGGCGCCGCGGUGCUCGCGGCUGCUGCGGUGGCGCUCUACCUCGUGGCGUACAGGAAGCGGGACAACAACAAGAAGACGCUGACGCUGCGCCUCGGGGAGUCGUCGUCGCGGCGGCUGUGCCGCGACUUGGAGGCCAUGGUCAUGCCGGCGCCGCAGGUCUCGCCGCUCCGGCCGGCGCGGCCGCUCGGGUGCGAGGAGUUCACGCUCCGGGACCUGUCGCGCAUCACCGACGGCUUCUCGGAGGAGAAGAAGAUCGGGAGCGGCAGCUUCGGGUCUGUGUACCGCGCCAAGCUCCCCGACGGGCGCGAGGUGGCCAUCAAGCGUGCGGAGCGCUGCGGCAGCGGCGGCCGCCGCCGGCGUCGCUUCGACGCGGAGCGCGCGUUCCGCGCGGAGCUGCGGCUGCUGUCGCGCGUGAACCACCGGAACCUGGUGCAGCUGCUGGGCUUCUGCGAGGAGCGCGGCGAGCGCAUCCUGGUGCUCGAGUUCAUGCCCCACGGCGCGCUCCACGACCACCUCCACGGCAGCAGCAGCAGCAGGAGCGGGUACUCGCCGCUGUUCGCGUCGUGGGAGGCGCGGCUCCGGGUGGCGCUGGACGCGGCGCGCGGCGUGGAGUACCUGCAUUGCUAUGCCGUGCCGGCCAUCAUCCACCGCGACGUGAAGCCGUCCAACAUCCUGCUGGACGGCGAGUGGACGGCCAAGGUGUCGGACUUCGGGCUGUCGCUGGCCAGCGGCAGCACGGCGGCGGCCGCCGCCGCGUCGUCGUCCGCGACGGUCGGCACGGUGGGUUACAUCGACCCGGAGUACUACCGGCUGCAGGAGCUGACGGAGCGGAGCGACGUGUACAGCUUCGGCGUGGUGCUGCUGGAGCUCGUCACCGGCCGCAAGGCCAUCCACCGGACGAGCCAGGACGGCAGCGGGUCCCCCCGGAACGUGAUCGAGUUCGCCGUGCCGGAGGUCGAGACGGGCAACAUCACGAGGAUCCUCGACGAGCGCGUGCCGCCGCCGCGCGGGCACGAGGUGGAGGCCGUGGCGCGCGUCGCCAAGAUCGCCUCGGAGUGCGUCCGGCCACGGGGCCGCGCCAGGCCGAUCAUGUCCGAGGUGGUGGCGGAGCUGGAGUGGGCCGUCACUCUGUGCGAGGAGUCCGUCGUGGCCGGCGCCGCCGCGGCCGCCGGCGGGCAGAACAGCUUCCGGCACGGCGGCUCCGACCUGUCGCGGUCGCGGUCGCGCUCCGAGUCCGACGAUCCGAGCCCGUUCCACACCCGCGAACUCGGCUUAGGCUUCGGCUUCGGCCUCGGCCUCGGCCUCGGCUCGAGCCGACCCAUCACCCAUGGCAGGUCUCACUCAACAAUGUAA